UUCUUAGCUUAAUGGCUUCUUCUUCCUCCUUUUCACCACGCAAUUGGGUAUACGAUGUUUUCCCGAGCUUCAGUGGGGAAGACGUCCGCAUAACUUUCCUCAGCCACUUUCUCAAAGAACUUAACCGGAAACUAAUCAUUUCUUUCAAAGACAACGAGAUCGAGAGAAGCCAAUCACUCGAUCCGGAGCUUAAACAAGCGAUCAGGACUUCAAGAAUUGCGGUUGUUAUGUUUUCAGAGAAGUACGCAUCUUCAAGCUGGUGUCUGGAUGAGUUGUUGGAAAUCGUGAAAUGCAAGGAAGAAUUAGGUCAACUGGUAGUACCAGUUUUCUAUGGUUUAGAUCCAUCUCAUGUCAGGAAACAAACCGGAAAAUUCGGAGAGGCUUUUGCAAAGACUUGUCAGAGAAGAACAGAAGAUGAAACCAAGCUUUGGCGGCAAUCGCUGACCGACGUAGCAAAUCUUCUCGGAUAUCAUUCUCUAAACUGGCCUAACGAAGCAAAAAUGAUUGAAGCAAUUGCCAAUGAUAUAUUGGCUAAACUAAACUUAGCUCCAUCGAAGGAUUUUGAGGACUUUGUCGGAAUGGAAGAUCAUAUUGCAAAGAUGAGUGUGUUAUUGGAUUUGGAAUCUGAGGAAGUGAGGAUGGUUGGGAUUUGGGGCACCUCAGGAGUUGGCAAGACUUCCAUUGCAAGAGUUUUAUACAACCAACUCUCUCGUCAGUUCCAAGGUAGCGUUUUCAUAGACAGAGCUUUUGUAUCAAAGAGCCUGGAAAUUUACAAAAGUGCUAACCCGGACGACUAUAACAUGAAGUUGCAUUUGUUGAGAAAUUUCUUGUCUGAAAUUUUAGACAAAAAAGACAUAAGAAUAGAUUGUUUAGGUGAAGUGGAAGAGAGGCUAAAACACCGAAAAGUUCUUAUCUUAAUCGAUGAUUUGGAUGAUCAAGUUGUGCUAGAUACUUUGGUCGGUCAAACUCAGUGGUUUGGAAGUGGGAGCAGAAUCAUUUUGGUUACAAAAGACAAACAUUUUUUAAGGGCUCACAGGAUUGAUCUUAUCUAUGAGGUAUGUCUCCCAUCUCAGGAGCUUGCUCUACAGAUGUUCUGUAGAUAUACGUUUCGACAAAACUUUCCACCGGACGGUUUGAUGGAGCUUGCUUCUGAAGUUGCGUUAUGUGCUGGAAAUCUUCCUUUGGGUCUUAAGGUUUUGGGCUCAUAUUUAAGGGGUAGAGAAAAAGAGGAUUUGAUAGAUAUAUUGUCGAGGCUUCGAAAUGGUUUGGAUGGAAAAAUUGAGAAAACACUAAGAGUCAGCUACGAUGGAUUAAAUGACAAAAAAGAUAAAGCAAUAUUUCGUCACAUUGCAUGUCUUUUCAAUGGUAAAAAUGUCAAUGAAAUAAAGUUGUUAUUAGCACACAGCGGCUUGGAUGUUAAUAUUGGGUUGAAAAACCUUGUUGAUAAGUCUCUUAUACAUGUAAGAGAGGAUAUUGUUGAGAUGCACUCUUUGCUACAAGAAAUGGGUAAGGAGAUCGUGCGCGCACAGUCCGAUGAACCAGGAGAAAGGGAGUUCCUUAUGGACUCAAAGGAUAUAUGUGAUUUACUAGAAGAUAACACUGGUACCAAAAAGAUAAUAGGUAUAUCAUUGGAUAUGGAUGAGAUUGAUGAACUCUGUAUACAUGAGAGUGCUUUCAAAGAGAUGCGUAAUCUCCUUUUUCUAGAAAUUUACACUAAGGAGUGGUAUGAACGAAGGUUAACAACAAGACAAUGUGACCAAAAGAAAGAAGUGAGAUGGCACUUACCGGAAGGCUUUGACUAUUUACCCCAUAAACUUAGGUUGUUGAGGUUGGAUGGAUAUCCAAGGAGGUAUAUGCCUUCUAAUUUUUGUCCUGAUAAUCUCGUUACGCUCCAAAUGCGAGGGAGCAACCUCGAGAGGCUAUGGGAAGGAGUUCAUACACUUGGAGGGCUCAAGAAGAUAGAUUUAAAAAAAUCUAUACAUUUGAAAGAAAUUCCAGAUCUUUCAAUGGCCACCAAUCUCGAGAAACUUGAUCUUAGUGAUUGCUCAAGUUUGGUGGAACUUCCUUCCACUAUUCAAUAUCUCAAUAAGCUGAAGGAGUUAAUCAUGUCAGGAUGUAGUAAUCUGGAUACGCUUCCCAAUGGAAUCAAUCUCCAAUCUCUUGAUAGGCUUGACCUUCAAAGAUGCUCACGGUUGAGUAUUUUUCCUGAGAUCUCAACCAACAUCUCAGUGCUCCUUCUAGAGAAAACAUGUAUUGAAGAAUUCCCCUCUCAUUUGCAUCUAAUGAAUCUUGUUAUUCUUAGUAUGAUGAGUGAGAACUUUUGGAAAACAGUUCAGCCGCUUGCACCUCUCAUGGGUAUGCUGCCUCGCUCUAUAAGGAGAUUGUUUCUCUCGGAUAUUCCAAGUUUGGUCGAGAUUCCUUCCUCUAUCCAAAAUUUCACAAAACUUGAUAAUUUGCAAAUUACUGAUUGCAUAAAUCUAGAAACUCUUCCCACCGGCAUCAACUUUCAAUAUCUCAGAGACCUUCAUCUCAGCGGAUGCUCACGGUUGAAGACUUUUCCUGAUAUCUCAACCAACAUCAAACAACUCUCUCUAGAACGAACAGGGAUAGAAGAGAUCCCUUGGUGGAUCAAGAACUUCACGAAGCUCACAUACAUAAAUAUGGAGAAAUGCAAAGAUCUAAAACGUGUAUCCCCAAACAUUUACAAACUGAAACGUCUAAUGGCUGACUUUUCAGACUGCGGGUCAUUGACUGCAGCUAGUUGGAAUGGUAAUCCAAGUGAGGUGGCAAUGGUAACAGACAAUAUCCACUCUAAGUUUCCAGUUCUUGACGAGGCUUUCUAUUCUGAUCCACAUCCAGAUAGUAAGGCCAAGGCCAAGGAAAUUUGGUUCCAUUUCAAGUUCCUCAACUUGGAUCCAGAAGCUCUCCUUGGCAACCCAUUAAUUAUCUUUAACUCCAUGAUCUUGUCAGGUGAAGAAGUGCCUUCAUAUUUCACUCACCGAACUUGUGAAAUCUCUUUGACCAAUAUCCCUCUACUUCAAACCUCUCUCUCCCAACAAUUCUUCAGAUUUAAGGCUUGCGCAGUGGUUAGUUUCGACUCUUUGUCCUUACCUUGGAGAUAUGGAGUAUAUAUCCGUGUAAACUGUCGGUUCAAAGACAGACUUGGGAACAGCUUAGAUACCUUUGGUCGGCCACAUGGAUUUGGAGUAGAUAAGAAGGAUAAUCAUUUGUUUAUAUUGGACUGUCGUGUACCUCUAAACAAAGAUAACGCUCCUCUUGCUCAACUGAACUAUGAUCACGUGGAUAUGCAGAUUCAGAUUAGAAAGCUGGAUCGAUUGAUGUCAUACAGGUAUGACUAUACCUUCAAACUGAAAGAAUGGGGAAUACGAUUGUUAGACGAAUGUUCAUUACCGGAGAACCGACUUCCACAUGUUUGUGAAGCCAAUGAAGACAAUUUGGUUAACAAGACUGAGCACAGUAAAGAUUGUGUGUUGAGACAGUUGUGAAGAGACAGAGACAAAUUGGAAGCGACUGCAUAUUAAGUGAAGGACCACUCAAGAAACCUCUGCUUUGCCUUGCCUCUAAUACCCAGAAAGAACACGAGACGUCACUUUGAAGUUUGAAUCUUUGGUUGUGAAUAUUUGAAAUAAGCAGUUUUCUCAGUUUUAAACUAUAAUGGAGAAUAUGUGCAAGAGUCUUCAAUGUCUCCCCUAGCUGAAGAGACGUACGUUUUCAGCUUUAUCUUGCAAAGGAUCUGAAACACCAAUUAUAGUAAGGUCACAUGAGGUCUGCUAUGUUUGCUGCAUCAUGUUUAGAAAGGCUGCAUCUGUGAGUAAUCAGUUGAGAGAAGAGAAGAUUCACAAAAUGUUGAGAUUAUACUUUGGGGAUGAUGAUAAUGAUUUUUUCUAGGCCGGGAUGAUUUGGCUUUACUUAGUUUCGAUUGUAAAAGGAAAUAGCAACAUUCAAAUAUAUUAUGAUCAAUCCUAUGACUUCUCCUAUCAUUACUACUAUUAUAUUCUCUUGUAAUCGAUUAGGAUUGUAUGACCUGCUUCCCAAGGUAUCUCCAUCGAUGGUUCCCUCCAAUAACUUCUUAUACACGUUUUCUAUUUUUCUUUGUCUUCAAAUCUGUAAAAUGUAUCAAAAUUUUGUCCUUACAUACUUAUGACUAGAAUGUUUCAUUCU